AAAGGGUGCUGCUCACACCUUCCCUGCCACCUCACCUGCACCCCUAAGUCCUUCCUCUCCCUGCAUCAUGGGGCUUCUCUCGGGCCUCAGCCCCAGCCACCUGCUGCUGCUGCUGCUAACCGGCCUCCCGCAGGUCCUGGGGGACCCCAUGUUCUCCAUCAUCACUCCCAACAUCCUGAGGCUGGAGAAUGAGGAGCUGGUGGUCCUGGAGGCUCACGAUGCCCAGGGGGACAUUCCGGUCACUGUAACAGUCUAUGACUUCCCUGCUAAAAAGCAAGUGUUGUUCAGUGAGAAAACCAUGCUGACCCAGGCCAACAAACACCUAAGCACCUUAUCAAUGAAGAUCCCAGUGAGUGAGGAACUGAACAAUAAGAAGGGGGAACAGUUCGUGGUGGUCCAGGCAUCCUUCCCCAACAGCCCGGUGGAGAAACUAGUGAUGGUCAGCCUCCAGAGUGGGUACCUCUUCAUCCAGACAGACAAGACCAUCUACACGCCAGGCUCCACAGUCUACUAUCGGAUCUUCACCGUGGACCACAGUCUGCUGCCAGUGGGCCGGUCUGUUGUCGUUGACAUUGAGACCCCAGAUGGCAUUCCUGUUGAUCGGAACUCCAAGUCUUCCAGCGACUACAAAGGGGUGCUGCCCUUAUCUUGGGACAUUCCAGAACUGGUCAACAUGGGGCAGUGGAAGAUCAAAGCUUACUACGAGGAUUCACCCAAGAAGGUUUUCACCACGGAGUUCGAGGUGAAGGAAUAUGUGUUACCCAGUUUUGAGGUUAAAGUGGAGCCUGCAGAGAAAUUCUACUAUGUCAAUGACCCUAACGACCUGAAAGUCACCAUCACAGCCAGGUUCCUGUAUGGGAAGAAUGUGGAAGGAACUGCUUUUGUCAUCUUUGGUGUUCAGGACGGCGACCAGAAAAUCUCACUAACUCAGUCCCUCUCACGAGUCUUGAUUGAUGACGGCGUUGGGGAGGCCACGCUUAGCCGGGAUGUCCUGCUAAAUGGGGUUCAGCCAUCGGACGCCAAUGCACUGGUGGGGAAGUCCUUGUAUGUUUUGGCCACCGUCAUCUUGCAGUCAGGCAGCGACAUGGUGGAGGCAGAGAGCAGCAGCAUCCCCAUUGUGGACUCCCCCUACAAGAUCCACUUCACCAAGACUCCCAAGUACUUCAAGCCGGCCAUGCCCUUCGACCUGAUGGUGUCCGUGACCAACCCCGAUGGCUCGCCAGCAAGCCGCGUGCCCGUAGUGACAGAUGGAUUCAACAACGUGCAGUCCUUUACCCAGGAAGAUGGUGUGGCCAAGCUGAGCAUCAACACCCCCAAGACCCGGGAUCCCCUCACCAUCACCGUUCGCACAAAGAAGGAUGGAAUCCCCAAGGAACAACAGGCUGUGAAGACCAUGACGGCCCAUCCCUACACCCCCCAGGGCAACUCCAACAACUACCUGCACCUCUCUGUCCCCCGCUCUGAACUCCGGCCCGGGGAGAUGAUUAAUGUCAACUUCCACGUGCGCAUGGACCCUGGUCUGGAUGCCAAGAUCAAAUACUACACCUACCUGAUCAUGAGCAAGGGAAAGCUGCUGAAGGUGGAUCGGCAACAGCGAGAUGUGGGCCAGGACCUGGUGGUGCUGCCCCUGCAAAUCACUACAGAGCUUAUCCCGUCAUUCCGCCUUGUGGCCUAUUACACCCUCAUUGGGACCGGCGGGAACAGAGAGGUGGUGGCCGAUUCCGUGUGGGUGGAUGUCAAGGACUCCUGCAUGGGCACUCUGGUAGUGACAAGUGCUAAGGAGGAAGAUAAGCAUAAGCAGUAUCUGCCCGGACAACAGAUGACCCUCAAGAUAGAAGGAGACCCAGGAGCCCGCGUGGGGCUGGUGGCCGUGGACAAGGGUGUGUUUGUGCUGAAUAAGAAGAACAAAUUCACUCAAAGCAAGAUCUGGGACAUCGUGGAGAAAGCCGACAUCGGCUGCACCCCAGGCAGUGGGAAAGACUAUGCGGGGGUCUUUGGGGACGCGGGGCUCUCCUUCAAGACCAGCAAAGGCCUGCAGACCGCCCACCGGGCAGACCCCAAGUGCCCCGAAGUGGCGACUCGCAAGCGGCGCUCGGUGCAGCUCGUGGAGAAGAGGAGAGACAAAGCCGGCCAGUACAAGAACAAGGAUCUGCGGCGCUGCUGCGAAGACGGCAUGCGGGACAACCCCAUGAGGUUCGCCUGCGAGCGCCGCGCCACCUUCAUCCUGCAAGACCGCGCAUGCGUAGACGCCUUCCUUGACUGCUGCCGCUACAUCAUGCGCCUGCGCCAGGAGCAGGCGCGCACGAGGCCCCUGGGCCUGGCCCGGAGUGACCUUGAUGAAGACAUAAUCCCGGAAGAGGACAUCACCUCCCGAAGUCAGUUCCCCGAGAGUUGGCUGUGGGUCAUUGAUGACUUAAAACAAUCCGAAAAAAGUGGAACUAUCACCAAGAACAUGAAUAUAUUUUUGAAAGAUUCCAUCACCACCUGGGAGAUUCUGGGUGUGAGUCUGUCAAAAGAGAAAGGGAUCUGCGUGGCCGACCCCUUUGAGGUGACCGUAAUGCAAGACUUCUUCAUCGAUCUGCGUCUCCCCUACUCGGUGGUGCGCAAUGAGCAGGUGGAAAUCCGAGCCAUCCUGUACAACUACCGGCCUGCAGACGAUCUCAGGGUCAAGGUGGAGCUUCUGUACAAUCCCGCGUUCUGCAGUUUGGCCUCCUCCAAGAAGCGCCACUACACGACCCUGAAGGUGCCGGCGGCAUCCUCGGUGGCUGUGCCUUUUGUCAUUGUGCCCCUGAAGGUGGGCCUCCAGGAGGUGGAGGUCAAAGCCGCUGUCUUCAAUUACUACAUCGCUGACGGUGUCAAGAAGACCCUGAAGGUCGUGCCUGAAGGAAUCAGAGUCAACAAAACUGUGGCAGUGCGCUCGCUGAAUCCCGAAGUCCUGGGCAAAGAGGGCGUGCAGAGAGAGGAGGUCACGGCAGUAGACCUUAGUGAUCAAGUCCCCGACACGGAUUUAGAGACCCGCAUCCUUCUCCAGGGGAAUCCCGUGGCCCAGAUGACGGAAGAUGCUAUUGAUGGGGACCGGCUGAAUCAUCUCAUUGUCACCCCCUCGGGCUGCGGGGAGCAGAACAUGAUCAGCAUGACGCCCACCGUCAUAGCCGUGCACUAUCUGGAUAGCACCGAUCAGUGGGCCAAGUACAGCUUGGAGAAACGGCAGAACGCCUUGGAACUCAUCAAGAAGGGCUAUACCCAACAGCUGGCCUACAGACAGAAGAACUCCGCAUACGCAGCCUUCCUCAAUCGGCCCUCUAGCACCUGGCUGACUGCCUAUGUGGUCAAGGUCUUCUCUCUGGCCACCAACCUCAUCGCCAUCGACUCCCAGGUCCUCUGCGGGGCUGUCAAAUGGCUGAUCCUGGAGAAGCAGAAGCCAGAUGGGAUUUUCCAGGAGGAUGGGCCUGUGAUUCACCAAGAAAUGAUUGGUGGCUACCGGGGUGCUCAGGAGAAAGAUAUGUCCCUCACUGCCUUUGUUCUCAUCGCUCUUCUGGAGGCCAAGGAUAUUUGCCAGGGACAAAUCAAUAGCUUGGAACAGAGCAUAAAUAAGGCCAGCAAUUUUCUGGAAGCCAACUAUGUGAAGCUGAAGAGGCCCUACACCAUUGCCAUCGCAGGAUAUGCCUUGGCCCUCAUGGGCAAACUGAAGGAACCACAGCUCUCUACAUUUUUGGAUGCGGCCACAGAGAAGAACAGGUGGGAGGAACCUGGCCAGAAGCUCUACAACGUGGAAGCCACAUCCUAUGCCCUCCUGGCCUUGCUGGAGAUUAAAGACUUCGAUUACAUUCCCCCUGUGGUGCGCUGGCUCAACGAACAGAGAUACUACGGGGGCGGCUAUGGUUCUACCCAGGCUACCUUCAUGGUGUACCAAGCUUUAGCCAGGUACCAACAGGACGUGUCUGAUCACAAAGACCUGGACUUGGAUGUGUCUAUCAAACUACCAAGCCGCAGCUCCCCGAUUAACCAUCGCAUCUUGUGGGAGUCCGCCAGCCUCCUGCGCUCUGAGGAGACAAAGAAAAACGAGGAUUUCACAGUCGUGGCCAAGGGGAAAGGUGAAGGGACCUUGUCGGUGGUGACCAUGUACCACGCGAAGAUCAAACACAAGGUCAUUUGCAAAAAUUUCAAUCUCAGGGUCAGCAUCCGACCAGCCCCACCAGAAGUCAAGAAGCCUCAGGAUGCCUUGAAAACCAUGUUCCUUGACAUUUGCACCAAGUACCUGGGGCGUGAGGAUGCAACUAUGUCCAUCCUGGACAUAUCCAUGAUGACCGGCUUCUCUCCAGAUGUGGAGGACUUGAAACUGCUAAGUACUGGUGUGGACCGAUACAUUUCUAAGUAUGAGCUGAACGACGCAUAUACCAAGAGAAACACACUCAUCAUCUAUCUGGACAAGAUCUCCCACACCCAAGAGGACUGUUUAACCUUCAAAGUUCAUCAGUACUUCAAUGUGGGGCUCAUCCAGCCCGGCUCUGUCAAGGUUUACUCCUAUUACAACCUGGAUGAAUCCUGUACCCAGUUCUACCAUCCUGAGAAGGAAGACGGGAUGCUGAACAAGCUCUGUCACAAAGACAUGUGUCGCUGCGCUGAGGAAAAUUGCUUCAUGCACCACGAGCUGGGCCAGGUCACCCUAGAGCACCGGACAGAUAAGGCCUGCGAGCCUGGCGUGGACUAUGUGUACAAGGUCAGCCUGCAGUCCGUGGAGCCUUCCGAUGACUUUGAUGAGUACGUCAUGGUCAUUCAGCAGCUCAUCAAGUCAGGCUCGGACGAGGUGCAGGUGAAACAGCAGCGCAGGUUCAUCAGCCACAUCAAAUGCAGGGAAGCUCUGAAACUGCAAGAAGGGAAGGAUUACCUGGUGUGGGGCAUCUCCUCCGACCUGUGGGGAGAGAAACCCAACAUCAGCUACAUCAUCGGGAAGGACACGUGGAUCGAGCUGUGGCCCAAGGAAGACGAGUGUCAGGACGAGGAGAACGAGAAACUGUGCCAGGAUCUGUCGGCCUUCACCGAGAACCUCAUAGUCUUCGGCUGCUCCAACUGAACCAGCCCCUCAAUAAAAGCUUUUUUUCCAGCUGCA